AUCGGCUCUGUCACUUGCGGUUUAGCUCGUUUAGAAACUGGUCGAACGCUUCGAGAUUCAAAGGAACAGUUUAACAACUACAAUGGACAACUUUUACUGAUCUUUUACAGAAAUAUGGAGACGUUUGUUUUAUUUUUCGUUCUGAUAAUCGUGGACGGUUUGUUUGGUGUAAUGGAUGAAAUACAGUCUGUGUCAAUGACGGAGGGAGAUUCUGUCACUUUAUAUACUGAUGUUACUGAAAUACAGAAAGCUGAUCUGAUACUGUGGACGUUUGGAUCUGACAGCACUCGAAUAGCUCAAAUAAACAGAAUGGCCAAUAAGAUCUCAUUAUAUGAUGAUGCUCUUGACGGGAGAUUCAGGGACAGACUGAAGGUGGAUCAUCAAACUGGAUCUCUGACCAUCACCGACAUCACACCUGAACACGCUGGACUCUAUGGAUUUUUACAGAUCGUUGAAGGAAAAGAAGUCACACCCAAAAAAUUCAGCAUUAUUGUAUCUGCUCGUCUGCCCGUUCCUGUCAUCAGCAGAGACUGUUCUUCUUCAUCAUCAUCAUCAUCAUGUACAUUGGUGUGUUCAGUGUUGAAUGUGAGUCAUGUGACUCUCUCCUGGUACAAAGGAAACAGUUUAUUGUCCAGCAUCAGUGUGUCUGAUCUCAGCAUCAGUCUCUCUCUACCUCUGGAGGUGGAAUAUCAGGAUAAAAACACCUACAGCUGUGUGCUCAACAAUCCCAUCAGCAACCAGACUCAACAUCUGGACAUCACUCAACUCUGUCACACAUGUUCAGCACCAGGUUUGUCCGCAGCUCAUAUAGCACUGGUUUGUGUUUGUGCUUUGGCUGUGGCUGCAGUUUUGUGUGGUAUUUACUAUUACUGUCAGCGCAAGACGCCUAAACAAGCAGUCGAAGACCAACCUGAUGGAGCGCUUAUUAAGCUAAAUAAAGGUGCAGUUCCUUUGCUAGCUAUGGAGCUAAACGGUGUGUUUCUUAAAGUAGACAUAGUCACCUUGGUGCCAAUGAUUGAAGGACAAUCUGUCAAGCUACACACGGAUCUGACUGAAACACAGGAAACUGACAUAAUAUGGUGGAAGUUUGUUGAUUCCAAAGAACACAAUUGUGCUAAAUUUGUAAUCAUAGCUAGACUGAAUAAAGCCAACGAUGAGGAAUACCUAUGUAAUGAAGAAAUAUUCAAAGACAAGUUGAAACUGGACCACAUUACCGGAUCUCUCACCAUCUCAAGCAUCACACCUGAACACUACGGACAUUAUAAUCUACAGAUCAUCAGAAAAGGAGAGAUGGUCGUGCAUACAUUCAGUUUUGUUGCUCACAAUCUAAUGAGACGAGAGCGGACCCAAAGCCUCCAGAGGAGACAAACCUGCCCAUGAUUACAACCGAUGACCUUACCGUAUAUGAAGACUGGAAUAGCAUCCACAUUUCAAUUCCACCACAACAUUUUUUAUACUUUUUUCAACCAUCUAACAUCCCGAAUGACAAAAAACACUCUAAUGAUAUAUAUAUAUAUAUUUAACAUUUUCUGCAUAUUUUUCCCCUUUGCAUUUUGAUUUUCCUGAUUUCUCAAGGAACCUCAGUAGGGAAACAAAGUAGUUACGCUUUUCAUUAUUUAUUUAGCAUAUAGAGUCAAGUUUUUCUGAUAACACUAUUUUGGAA